UGGUUUCCGGUUGCAAUGCUCAGCCCCACCUUUUCCGGCGCAUGCCCGAUCAUGGCGCAGGGGCAGCGUAAGUUCCAGGCGCAGAGGCCAGCCAAGAGUAAGGCGGUGGCGGCGGCCUCAGAGCGGAACCGGGGCCCGAGGAAAGGAGGUCGUGUUAUCGCUCCCAAGAAGGCUCGCAUUGUGCAGCAGCAGAAGCUCAAGAAGGGCCUGGAGAUUGGGAUCCGGAAGAAGAUUGAACACGAUGUGGUGAUGAAAGCCAGCACCAGCCUGCCCAAGAAGCUGGCACUGCUGAAGGCCCCCGCCAAGAAGAAGUAGGCAGCCUCUUCCUCCACCACUGAGAUAAGACAUUUUCCUAAGGACACAGCACCUGCCUCCAUGCCCACACCUCUGCAGCUGGCUCCAUGGGCAGUGCUGUGCACUGAAGGAGCCUCGCCCCACAGAGCCUUGGCUUGCUGCUCGAACUUUGGGUAGGGAUGGCCUGGCCUGGGGGCAGCUGAUCAGAACAUCUGUAGUGCACGAGUCAGCUUCCCAGGAUGCCGAGAACUCAGCAGUGGCCCUGAGGACAUGUUCACCAACUUUCUGUGUUCCCCUGUCCCUUCAAAUCCUGUGUCCACUGGUUUAACCUAGAGCAAUAAACCUGGCUUUGUCAUUCC